AUGAAUGAAUUGAAUAUAACAUUUAACCAACUUAUUGAAAAUAAGAGAAAAUGUAAAAGUAUUGUUAAUUGUCUUGAAAUACAUUGUUAUAAAAAAGGAGAUAAUGACAACCUCAUUGAAUGGAAAGUUGAUCAUGACGUUGUUUAUUUUAUGGAUUUUAUUGAACAUGAAGAGUAUAAAGAAAAAGUGUCAAUAAUUAAUAUUCAACAUUCAAUACAAGAUGAAUGGCUUGUUAUUAAUAAAUUGAUUGAAUUUAGUAAAAAUAAUAAUGUAAUUUUUGAAGUUUUUGAUGAGGAUGGUCAAAUAAUAUUAGCAGAAUGUUCAGAAUAUCUUCCUAAUUACAUUACUCCUGAAAAUGAUUCACAUAAAGUAUUUAUUAAAAAUGGGUCAAUUUAUUUUAAUGAACUAACGUAUACAAAUCCAUUUCUUAUGCAAAAUGAUUGUUGUAAUAAAGAAAUAACAAAGAAAGUUUUAAGUCUUAUAACUAAACGUGCCUCACUAUUCUCUGUUCAUAAUACUAUUGGAAUAUUACCAAUCCAAAUUGCUAAUUUUCUUAAUAUUCAUUACGAACUUUUUGGAAUAAUUAUUAAUAAAUUCAUUAAUAAUGACAUUACUUUAAAUGAUCAGUUUCCAUUAAGUUAUGAAAAAUCAUCACAAUGUCAACUUAAAAUGACAACAUUACAAUUUAAUCGAUAUUAUAAUUAUAUACUUCAAAAUGCUGAAACCCAAUCAUAUCAAGAGAUAUUAGGUAAAAUGAUACUUAUUGGAUUUACUCAUUUACUUAAUUUAAAUCAACAAUCAUCACAAUACCAUUUUAUGCCUCAAUACACUAAACUUUUUGACGAAUAUUGUCAGUCUGAAGAGUCAAAACGAAUAUCAUCUCCUUUAAUUGAAGAUAAUAUCAACGAAUUCAAAAUAGAAGAUUUGAUAGAAGACUAUAAACAAAUACUUGAUCAAAAUGAAUUAGAAAGUAUUUUAAAAGAUGAUAUUACUGAUGUCAUUGGAAUAGACUCAGACAUUAAUGGAUUUGUCACUAAAUCAGACGGCUUACUACCGAAUGGAAAUAUAAACACAACUACUUUUGAUGAAUUAUUUGAUGAAUUUAUAGAAGACUUAAAAAGCCCAUCAUUAAGUGAAGAUGGAACUGAUGAAGAAAAUGAUCAGUUGAUGGAACAAUUAACAAAUGUCUUAAAUCAAACAAAAGACAUAAAUGAUACUCCACUAACUGACUCUCUUCAACAAGACACUACAGCAACAGCGUCAACUUUAUUUAGUAAUUCAGUGAAAUAA